CUAUUAAUAUUCUGGGUACGUUAAUUAAAACCAUUACAGGAAAUUUAGAUAAUGAUGAUCUAGUUACCUUAAAUCAAAAGAUUAGUUACCUACAUUAUUCAAAUAAGGAUCUUAUUAUGAAUAACAAUGAACAAAUUAAAAUAAAUAAUCAGUUUCAAGACAGAAUUAACAAUUUAACAAAAGUAAUUUACAAUGAAAAAGAAGAAAUAGGUAAACUUACACAUCAGUUUAGGACAAAUAAAAACAUGAAGGUCUCCUGGGAACAGCUACAACAUUUCCAGCGGUUAAUCUUCAACUUAGACGUAAUUCAACGGCAGUUGGACGACAUCUCGGAUUCGAUCGUCAUGGCUAAAGUAGGGGUUUUAUCCAAGAGCAUCCUUCAAGCAACGGAAAUCAACUAUAUCAUUGACAAAUUGGAAAAUUCAGGAAUUUCCGUAAACAGUGACGAACAGGUUUACGAAUUUUUAGAACCAGCAGCUUUCUACAACGGUUCAUGUAUUGUGUUUCUCAUAAAAAUUCCAAAAUUCUUACAAGGAAUCUACCAGCAAAUUAUUGUGGAGAAUAUUCCCAUCAAUGAAGAAAUAAUACCGAUCGAUUUCACGCACGCAGUUUUAGGGACGAACGUAACAUUUGUCAUGAACGAUACUUGCGUGAACAUCGAACAAAAUAUCAUUUGCAAGUUACAGACAAUGAAGAAUGUCUCUAAUGAUAUGUGCAUACAUCGAUUAUUAAGAGGGAAUCCCAGUAGCUGUCCAUUUAAAAAAUACAAUGGAAUUCAUGAAGUUAAGUCCAUGGGAAACGGAAAAAUUCUGAUUCGAAAUGCACUUAAAGCUGUGCAAUUAAAAAACAGAUGUGGUUAUGGUCCUAAAAAUCUUACAGGAUCAUUUCUUAUCACUUUUAGAAACUGUUCUGUCGAAAUAGAGAAUCAAUCGUUUGAAAACACCCAAUUGGACUAUAGCAACAUUUUGGAAAUGCUACCAUUGUAAUCAACAUUAAUCAACAAAUCGAAGACUAUAGUAACAGACACACAAAUCUUACAACAAUUACAUACCAACAAUAGAAAGCGUAUUGAAGUUUUGGAAACAAAUAAUCAUCAUGUUUCAUACGGAGGAACUUUCACGGUAAU